CACCACUCCUCCCUUCCAGAUCGCAGCCGCCACCUCCCUCCGGCGGAGCGCCCCGCCAUCCAUGGCCCCCCACGCACUCCUCUCUCCCAUCCCCUCCCGAAUCACCGCAUGUCCUCAUCCUCGUCCACCCACGAAGCCCUGGACCCCUUCUCCCCAUCGCCGCCGCCACUCCAUUUUCCCAAUCGCAGUCCUUCCCCAUGCCUUGCGCUGCCCAAAUCCACGCCGCACCUUGCCGUCCACGCACGCUCACCGUCCGUCCCUGUCUGCCUCGCCCCUGUCUCCCACCACGCCGCACGCCGCACGCCACCUCCACCCUCCCCUCCCCCCACGCUGGACGAGCGCCGCCGGUGGGGGCAGGUCACCAUGGCCGCCACCGACCUCCGUUGUCUCCCCAACCCCGGCCUCCACUCCACCGUCGUUGGCCCCUCCCCGUCUUGUCGUGGACGCAGAUCCGCUGGAGCUACUCAGCCCGCUGUCAGACCCGCCCUCCCUCGACCCCUGCCCGCGCCGGAAACCCUAGCCGCCGGCCAUGGCGACCGACCGCAGGGUGCAGGCACAAGGCUCGGCUCGACGAAAGUGCUUGGCAGGCGCCAUGGAGUGGAACUUCCUCUGUUCGAGACGGCGUGGAUCUUGUGCUCGUCAAGGUCCUUCUUCCUCCAGCACGAGGAAAAGCAGAAGCAGCCGCCGCAUCAAGGUCCACCCCCUCUCUCUAUUCCAAUAAUUACAUAG